AUGUGCUACUUCAGCUUCUUCUCCUUAAGAGCUCACAUUGAGGAGGAAAUCCUGGAUCAUGCUGAUGAUGGAAGAUCUCAGAUUGAGGAGGGAAUCCUGGAUCUUUCUGAUGAUGGACAGGCCUCACACAUGCUGCACCCUGACCUCCUAGAAAAUGCCUUUUUUUCCCAAAUUUUCAUUGGGAUCACAGCCAACGUCUUCCUGCUUCUCUUUCACAUCCUAAAAUACCUUCUCCAGCACAGGCCCAAGCCCACUGAUCUGACCAUCACUCACCUGGCCCUCAUUCAUCUGCUGAUGCUAUUAAUCAGGACAUUCCAGGAUAUAGACAUUUUUGGGGUUCAUGACAUUUGGAAUGACAUCACAUGUAAAGCAGUUGUCUACUUGUACAGGUUGAUGAGAGGCCUAUCUCUUAGCACCACCUGCAUGCUGAGUGUCCUUCAGGCCAUCACCCUCAGCCCCAGAAGCUCCUUUCUGACAAAGUUCAAACUGACAUCUCCGCAGCAGAGUCUGUAUUGCUUUCUCAUUCUCUGGGUGUUCGACAUGUUCAUUAAUGUUCGUAUUUUAGUCUCCAUGGGAGGCACCACCAAUGCGACAUCAGGUUUUCCUUUUGCAUCUGAAUUCUGCUCCAUUUCCCCAACAGGUUACUACUUCAAGACCUUAUUUUCCCUCAUGGGAAUAAUUCGGGAUAUUUUCCUUGUAGGGCUCAUGACCCUUUCGAGUGUGUACAUGGUGACCAUCUUGUGCAGGCAUAAGAGUCAGUGCCAGCACCUUCACAGGACCAGCCUGUCUCCAAGGGCAUCCCCAGAGCUGAGGGCCACCAGGACCAUCCUCCUGCUCAUGGGUUUCUUCAUGGUCAUGUACCUCGUGGACUGCUGUAUCUCUUCUUCUUCUGAAAAGAUGCUGAAAAAAGAUCCAGCCCACCUUGGAGUCCAGAUGCUGAUGGGCAAUGGCUAUGCCACCAUCAGUGCUUUGAUGUUAAUUAGCACUGAAAAGCGGAUAAUCACAUUCGUCCAAUCCACAUUGGGAAAGAUGCAGAAAUGUUUAUGCAGUGUUGGGUAUAUCCUUAUUUUGUCAACAAACAUUGUUUAUUUCUGA